CGACCAGCACAACUUCAAGAAAGGUGAGCAUCGCAGCGUGAUUUCAUGACCUGUAUUCGAUUGGAUAGCGCUACACUGGACUGGGAUGGGUUGGGCGAUGCGAGGUCGGAUGAACGGAGGUAUCAUGAGGGGGUAGUGUCGAUGUGCGAUCUAGGAGUCAAAAGAGCUCGAGUCGGAUGAAUGGCGAGAUAGACAUGGAGUUCGAGACUGGCGGAAAUCAUUAGGAUGGCCUGGGGAGAUGGCCGGGCGUGCACAUCAUAGAGGGAAAAGAAUAGGACAGAGCGGAAUGCUGACCUCGUUUGACACAGUCGACAUGUCGAAGCCUCAGGCCGGAUCCAAGUUCAGGCUCACCCUCGCCCUGCCCGUCGGUGCAGUCAUGAACUGCGCUGACAACAGCGGCGCCAAGAACCUCUUCGUCAUUGCCGUCAACGGCAUUGGUGCUCGUCUUAACCGUCUGCCUGCUGCUGCUGCCGGUGACAUGGUUGUUGCCAGCGUCAAGAAGGGAAAGCCCGAACUGAGGAAGAAGGUCAUGCCCGCCGUCGUCGUUCGUCAACGCAAGCCCUGGCGCAGACGUGACGGUAUCUUCCUCUACUUUGAGGACAACGCUGGUGUCAUUGUCAACCCCAAGGGAGAGAUGAAGGGUUCGGCUAUCACUGGUCCCGUCGCCAAGGAAUGCGCCGACCUGUGGCCCCGUAUCGCAUCCAACGCCGGUACCGUCGUCUAAUUGCAUCCUUUCCAUUCCAUCACGCCCCUUCGCACUGGGCAAUGUCACAUUAGUCUCAGACAUCAACCAAAACACUUCUUGGCUAUGCAUCCCAUGACAGAUGAGCAGCAGCAGACGAUGACGAAGUAUACGAUUGCGGAGAGUCCAUUCAGAAGCCCUUCGCGUAGUUGCCCUUG